GAGACCAACUAGACCAAGUUGAAAGGAGAGGUAGCGGAGUAUGAGAGAAAUUCGAAUGACAUGCAAAAGAAAUUGAGAGAAUUAAGUAAUGAUCUCAUCGAGAAGGAUACAAAGAUAAAUCUACUUGAGUUGGAUUUGGAAACCUCAUUCGAUGUGAAAGGGCAGUUGGAACAAGAUUUGAUUCAAAAGGAUGAAAUCAUACGACAAAAGACUUCCGAUAAUGAGACACUUAUGCUUCAAGUCACCCAUUCGGAUAAUGUCGAUGAUCUUGGAGCCGCAUUUGAGAAAGAAAAUACAGAGUUAAUAAAUAUGAAGAACACUGCUUUGAAGGAAAAGUGGGAUAUGUGUGUGAUCAAGGAGGAUGAGAAACAAAAGUUAUGAACCAAUUGGCGAAACGACUCUGCGAGACUGGAAAAAAAGUUGCAAGAAGCUAUUGAUCGUAAGAAUCACUACA